AUGAAUAUUUUGAUAUGGAAUUGUAGGGGAGCUAUGAAACCCCUCUUUAGGAAGACUGUUAUGGACCUGGUUGCUUGGCAUUCUCCUAUCAUCAUGGUGAUUAUGGAAACAAGAUUAAGUGGUGCGAGGGCUAUGGAGAUAAUAGAAACUCUCCCUUUUGAUGGGGUUGAAGUGACUGACACCAUUGGGUAUGCAAGAGGUAUUUGGUUGCUUUGGAGUUCGAAUGCGGUGCAUGUGGACAUUCUGGCAACAACCGAGCAGGAGAUUCAUGCUAUUAUCCGGGUAAGAUCUCAAUCCCUUAACUGGUUAAUUAGUGCUAUUUAUGGUAGCCCUAGAUUUACAGAAAGAUGUGUUCUUUGGGAGAAUUUAAAAAUGUUAGCAAAUAUUCAUGAUCUUCCUUGGGCCUUUAUGGGAGAUUUUAAUGAAGUACUCUCAGAGGAGGAAAAAUCCGGUGGGAACCCGGUUUGUAUGAGGAGGGUUAGAGCAAUAAAAGAGUGUAUUGAUGCUUGUCCUGUGAUGGAUUUGGGCUUCUCAGGACCAAAGUAUACGUGGUCCAAUAAAAGGGAGACUGGUGAUUUAAUUUAG